AUGGUCUUAACACUGCUGUUAAUAUGUCCUAUUCCUUAUAUCAGAUCAGAGAAAUAACAAAUGAAACCAUGAAUGACGUAUAAUCAGGUAAUUAAGAGGUGUUUUAUUUGAACUUCACAAGAGUGAAACAAAAGCCUGACAAAGCUUGUGGCGCUUAAAGGGAGUCUGCGGACUCUGGCACAGUCUGUAUUGUCACCUCUGCAGUAAUGGCUUUGUAUUUCAACCUGGCUCUGUCUGUUACUUUCGACAUAAAUGCCACAAAUACCUGUGAAGCUGAGGGACUUUCUUUUUUUUUUCUUUUUUUUUUAAAUUUGCCACCAACAUUACGUCAUUCCACUACAGAUAAAGUGAAACAGAAGCCUUUCAUUGGUUCUACGUUUUUAUAUCAGAUUUCUUAUAUUAGGAAUUUCACAUGCAAAGUUUAUCAAAUCAAACUGUUUGAGAUUUCAGACUUAUACAUCCUCAGUUAUCAGCAGUCAAAAUAUUUAAAUGUUAUACCUGUGCAAUCUGAACGGACUAUUCAGAUGUUAACUGGUUCAAAUAUGCACAGAUGUUUCUGUUUGAUUCCAAGUUUUGAUCUGCUAACUGUUUGAUUUAUAGUCUUAAAAUCAGACAAGAGUUUUUACUUGACUUGUGUUUUUCUUUUCCAGGUGUCAUACAUAUUGUGAACCCUAGUCGAUGGAUUUAUUACCUUUAAUACAAGAAUAUUUUACCUGUACUUUCUCCAUAGGCUAGAAAUCUUGAAGCAUGGGCGACUGGAGCUUUCUGGGGCGGCUGUUGGAGAACGCUCAGGAGCACUCAACAGUCAUCGGCAAAGUCUGGCUGACUGUCCUCUUCAUCUUCAGGAUACUGGUGCUGGGGGCCGCGGCCGAGGAGGUCUGGGGAGAUGAGCAGUCUGACUUCACCUGUAAUACCCAGCAGCCUGGUUGUGAGAACGUCUGCUACGACGAGGCCUUCCCCAUCUCGCACAUCCGUUUUUGGGUGCUGCAGAUCAUCUUCGUGUCCACGCCGACCCUCAUCUACCUGGGCCAUGUGCUACACAUUGUCCGCAUGGAGGAGAAGCGGAAAGAAAAGGAGGAGGAAUUGCGAAAAGCAAACAGGCUCCAAGAGGAGAAAGAACUCCUUUAUAGAAAUGGUGGAGGAGGAGGCAAGAAGGAGAAGCCGCCUAUCAGGGACGAGCAUGGCAAAAUCCGUAUCAGAGGCGCAUUGCUGCGUACUUAUGUGUUCAACAUUAUUUUCAAGACCCUGUUUGAAGUGGGAUUCAUUUUGGGCCAGUAUUUCCUUUAUGGCUUCCAGCUGAGGCCCCUGUACAAGUGUGCACGUUGGCCAUGCCCCAACACUGUUGACUGCUUCAUAUCGAGGCCUACUGAAAAGACUAUUUUUAUCAUAUUUAUGCUUGUGGUGGCUUGCGUGUCUCUUUUGCUGAAUUUGUUAGAGAUCUAUCACCUUGGAUGGAAGAAAGUUAAACAGGGCAUGACGAACGAGUUUGCCCCAGAACGCGGGUCGCUACGCCGUGUCGACAUUGCAGAACCUGAGUGUUUGGCCCCAGCUUCCAGAACUGCCCCAUCCAGCCUUAGCUACCCUCCCAACUACACGGACGUGACGGCGGGCAGCAGAGCAUUCCUGCCGCCGAUUGGGCCAGCGGCUGUGCCCUCAGCAGCAGAGUUUAAGAUGGAGGACCUCCAGCAGGAGCAGUCCCUCCAUCAGCCCUCUCCCUCUUCCCACUAUUACAUCAGCAACAACAACAACCACAGGCUGGCCACACAGCAGAACUGGGCUAACCUGGCUACCGAGCAGCAGACUCGUGAGAUGAAGGCCACCUCCCCAUCUCCAUCAUCCUCUUCCACAACCAGCACCGACAAAGAGCAGCAGCAGCAGCAACAGCAGCCUGUCGAUGCUGAGCUUCUACUUCCAACCACCAACAGUCACACCAACACAACCGCCACUGCCGCAUCCAGCAGCAGCAGCCCUGGCACAGCCUCCAACAGAGGCAGCUGGAACGGGGGGAAGAGUGAGCAAGAGGAAGGUAAUGUCACCACCACCACAGUGGAGAUGCACGUGCCGCCGGUAACGGUCAGCACAGACCCUCGACGGCUCAGUCGGGCCAGCAAGAGCAGCAGCAUCAGGGCAAGGCCGACUGACCUGGCGGUCUAAAUCCCUUCAGCCCUGUAAUGUCCCCUAAUCCCUCCCUGACCACCAAACCGCCUUACCUAAACCCACCCACCAAACAAAGUGAUUCUCAGACAAAAAAAUCACAAACUUGCAUAAUGCAACAAAAAACAUUAAAAAAAAUUAACAAAAUGAAAAAAAAAAAAGAAAAAAAAAAAAGAAAGAAAGAAGGCAAGUACACAGUAGACAGGAAAUCUAAAUCGAAGAAAACACUAAGGGAAACGUGAAAUGACUUCAUCAGCAGCUGCUGUUGAUUUGGUGCAAUCGGUGAGUUGAAAAGUAGUCGAGGCAUGGUUGUUGUUUUCUUUUCGGAUGGUCUUAAUCUAUGCAGACAAAAUGUGAUCAUGCAGAGCUUUAAAGUCAGACGGCUCUGGAAAAAUGAUGGACAAAGCAAAGAACAUUGCGACGCCAUGUUUCCGCAUUAAAAAAAAGGACACAUUUCACCGACAUGUUUGGUUUACCGGAGGAUCUCAUGGUGUUUCUCUACUUUUUUUUCUUCUUUGUGUUAAAACCAAAGGACUUACUCUUGUGAAUAUUUAUGCUACUUUUGUCAAAACUCACAGUUAGCUUGAAUUGAUAGACAGAUUAAUUAUUUGACGUGUAGGCAGAAAUUUCACUCACAUUUCUUGUUUAUCAUUCACACACAGCGUUUAACUCCACAUGUCUGAAACCUGUUUCAUGGUAUGUCUUUUUAACCUGGAAGUUUUUUUUUUUUUUUUUUUUGCUGCAGCACUUCCUGAACAAUCUCCCGUAUAUUAUCCAGGAAGGCAUUUGUUUUGUGUCUCUUGUACAGUAGUUGAAGUACUCGAAGCCCACUUCAACUCACUGAUUGACUGAUACAUUUGCACGGCAGAAGUUGACUACCUUGUUUCCUCUGAGAUCCCUGCAGCGCUUUCUAAAAAGACAGAAAAUAAUUCAAUUGAGAUGGAAUGAUUUGAUAUCCCUAGAGUCCUCGGAAAAGCAAACAAACAUGGAUGCAGUCAGCACAGGAGAGGGGUCAAAGCUGCUGGUGAAAGUCAUCCAUCCCUAUGUUGCGCAGAACCCGUCUGGGAUGUCAAAAACGUAGAAAGCAAAGCAUUCCUGUUACGCUGGAGGACACAAAAAGCCCUUAUCCCUGCCUGUGUUCGCGUUGCCUUCAGUUAGCACGUCUGAAAAAAGGAAAUGCUCUCCGCUAACUUCAGCAUCAACGCUUUCAAAAAGCUUCAAAAAAUUACACAAACACAACCACCAUCGGAGAUAAAGAAUAACAACGUUCUGCUCAUCUUCAAACUAGAAAACUACCAAUGCUCUUUGGUUAGUCUUGAAAUUUCUUCUUCUUUUUUUUUUUUUAGGUAGAUAGUUGGCAGAUGUUUUUUGCCCUCGAACCCCCGACCCCCUUUUUAUUUCUUAACACCUAGUGAUUGAGAGCGACUUUGGGAGUUAGAUGAAUUUCACUGUUACACACUUCAUGUGCUUCUUCAUUGGUUUUAUUCUGAAAAGUGCUAUUUUUUUAAAAACUGAAUUGAAUUUUUCUCAUAAAUUGCAUAUUUGUAGUCAGUUUGUGAUUGCGAGAAACGGCGACAUUAGAAAAUGACUGGCGUUCCUAAGUAUAUAUAUAAAAAAAAAAACGCCAUGGUGCGGUCGAAACCCUUGACGGCUUCCAUUUUGUUGUGUACAUCUUGAUUCUUAGAGAUCUAUAGAAACCCAAACUUUGAAACUGAAUUCAUCAGCAACUGCGUUCCUCUGUCUCUGUUGUGUUCCUGUGCGGUUUGGUUCAUUCACAACCAGGCACUUAAUCUUUAUUUUUUUAUUUCUUUUCUUUUGAUCUUCAACCUUAAUCCAAUGUAUUCUCCUGUCAACUCACCCCUGGAGUAGAGUUUCAACCUCGACAGUAACUGUGUGAGAGCUCAAAAAUCUGCUUUGUAUCUUUAACCCUCGCCGGCCAUCCCAACAAGACUAGAUGCCAAUAUUUUUGUGAACAGUAUUUUGUAGUAAGAAGACUUUUUCCAGCAGAUGACACACAGGCCAAUACACUGGAGUAAGAGCAUUGUAAAGUGGUAUCAGCUUUUUUUUUUGUUCUUUUAUUUUAUUUUUUUUGGUGGGCUUACAAAAUAAUGGUACUGUAAAAAUGUAAGAGUAUCUACACCCAUAAUGGUUGGAACGUUUCAUACUGUAGCCCAUUUCAGUUGCAUUGACACGUUUAGUGCCACAAGACGGAGAGGAGAACAGACAUCUUCACAAUGCAUGGGUUAAAGCAGCCUUCCCUAAUCCACGUCUUCUUGUUCAAAAAGACGAAAUCUUUGUUUUCUGCAUUUGUUUUUGAUCCCUAAAGUUUACAUUUUGGUAGUUGAUAAAGAUUUGCACAUUAAGGAAAGAAAAUUGCUGUUUUACGAUGCUAAUAUUGGUAGUAAUAGAGAGAAAGCGAGAGAGAAAGUGUGAGAGAGAGAGAGCAAGAGAGUGAGUGAGAUGUUAAAACUGCCAAUCUUUAUGAUCCUCAAAGGAAAAAAAAUGUCUUAAAAGUAAAAUCUCAGUGGCUCUUCCAAAAAAAAA